AUGGCCUCCUACGGGCUGUUAGGCCAGCCAGAAGAAGACGGCCUCCACAAGUCGCGUCUCCUCAACGUCGAAGAAAAGCCCUUCAAGCGCAUCUCCAAACGUCUUCUCAACCCAGACUCGCUCGCCGUCUCCAACGCCUCCCUCCCACUCACUCCUCCGCCCGACGAAUCCGACGCCGAUGCCGUUGCAGGCCCGGACGCCAAAAGGCAAAAGCGUCUUGAAGACUGGCGCACGUUUCGCGAAGAUGUAACCCUCGACUUCGCCGCCUUUGAAGGCAGUAUUGCCCGGAUUCAGUUCCUCCUCAACAGCAACGAGGCCGAGCGCCAACGAUACGCAACCGAGAAGCUGGCCAUCUUGGACACAAUGAAAUCUGUCCGCAAGAACACAACCGAACUCCGCAGUCAAUUAGACGAGGCACAAAGGUUGCUCGCUCUGCGCAAGACCUAUGAUGACCUCGCGGACAAGAUUACGAGCAACCGCCUGCUGAAGCCGCGGGAGGACCAGCAGGCGAACUUGCAGAAACUGCAAAUGGAGAUUACGGAGCUGGAGAAGGAGAGCAAGGACUACGCGACGACGUGGGCAGAUCGGAGAGAACAGUUUGGUCGGAUUGUGGAGGAGGGAAUGCAGCUCCGCCGCUUGAUUCGCGAUGAGAAGGAAGAAGUCGAGCGACGAGAGGGCAUGCAGGAGGGUGAAGAUGGCGAUGAGGGCGAUGCUACCUCCAAAGGCAAGCCCAGUGCUGCCAACAGCCCUCUCCCCCGAGGCCAGGACGAGGGUGGCCGGUUACAGGUUGAGAAGCCCUCCGGUGCAACGGGGGCUGCCUCUCCACUUCGGCAGGCCAUCAGCGCAGAGGGUGAGAAUGGGUCUUCGGAUCGGGAAGAUGCCAACAUGGCGGACGAGGGAGAGAUUACUGCUGAGGAUGCAGGAGAACAAUCGGAUGAGCUCGAGGAGGGUGAAGAGCCGGAUGAGAGAAUGGAUAUCUCCUGA